AACAAGAAAGUAAGUAAUCCCCCAACAUUAAUGAGAUUCGGAAAGCCCACCAUUUUAUUUCGUUGAUUCCCUUCUCUCCGGCAUUCGUGCACAAUCUCUCAGAUUUUUUUUUUUCAAAUCAAAUCUUGGGUUUCUCGAAAUCUUUCCAUGGAGUUCAAGUACCGAGCUGGUGCUUCCACUUCCAGGCCUCAGCCCGCACUCCCUCAUUCCUCUGAUAGCGGUUUCUUCUCCGACCGAGCAUGGCGAGUUGAUUUUCCUGGGACUCGCAAUAUAAGACCCUACUUGACCAGCGAAUUGGAGGCAAUGCGGGACCCUUAUCUAGUUCGGGAAACUAUCCAGAGGGAGAUUGAGAAGCAGAAAAUACGGGAGGAGAUUAUUGCCUCGGAAGUUGCUCGGCGGCAGAUGCUCGAAGAUGAGGUGAGGAGGGACUUGAUGCUGGAGCAACAAAUGGUGCUGCGUCGCGCCGGCGAUGGAUUACCUUUCGACGGGAAAUCGGCAAUGUGGUUCGGGUUUAAUCGAGGACAUCCUGCUUUGCACGGGCUUGAAAGCCGCGUCAUGGAGGAUCACCUGGCAUAUGCUGGUCGUAAUGCAGUUGAUGUGCCACCAUUGCCAUUGAUUCGGUCUCUGGAAGCUACACGAACUGAGAUUAAGCCCGAACUUAGUAAGGAUAGACUGAUAAUGCUGCCUAGACCGGAUCCAAAUCUCUCCAGAGCCAAAAGAAAAGCUUCAACAUCUCCGGCUGUUGCAGGUGAAUUGUCCACAUUUAGUCGAAAGAAGAAGAACAAGGAGGAGUGGACGUGUGCACUUUGCCAGGUCAGUGCUACGAGCGAGAAAGGUUUGAAAGAACAUCUCGAAGGGAAGAAGCACUGGAUGAAAGAAGCUUCUUUAGCUCAGAAGAUUGGCAAGGAAGGGAACACUGAAUCGCAAGUAAUCCAAGAGCUUGAGGAUUUGAAGAAGCUUAGCAUGCCGAAAAUGGCACAGAAAUUGGAGAAUACUGAAGGUCCGAGAAAGAACAAGAAUUUCCAAUUUUGGUGUGAGAUGUGCCAAAUUGGUGCUUUCGCCAAGACAGUCAUGGAGAGUCAUAAAAAGGGGAAAAAGCACAUUGGUCGUCUACGAGAACUGGGUCAAGCUGAUGAAGCUGGCUGUGCUGCCGUGUCCAGAGCAUCUGCCACCUCCGACACGGAACAAAAUGUCACCACCGCAUAUGCUGCUGCGGAAGAUCCUGAAAAGGACACAGGAGCUAAAAGAGGCAACUGGCGUGAUUGGAAGCUGAUUAACAUUUAGAGACUUUGAUGUUGUUUCUGCAGACAUAUCUGUGUCUCUGUCUCUCUCUCGUCUGUGGUGGGGAAUGAUUCCUUGCCCCUGGGGCAUGGCCGGAUAUGGGCAACGAAUUUUCUUCACAGGUAGGUAACGGGGGUCA